AUGGCUGAUGAUGGUGAUUAUGAUGAUGGAGGUGGUGAUGUUGGUAUGGAUGAAGAUAUGGAUGAAGAUGAUUUUAAUGAAGAUGAACAAGAUGUUGAUGGUGAUCAAAAUACACAAACAGAUAAACAACAAUUACAAGGUGAUGAUAGAAUGGAAAUUCUUAAUGAAGAUGAUGUUAAUGGACCACAAUCAGGUUUGAGAACAGAUCCAUCAAAACGAAUAACAACACCAUAUAUGACAAAAUAUGAACGAGCACGUGUAUUAGGUACACGAGCAUUACAAAUCGCAAUGUGUGCACCAUUAAUGGUUGAACCUGAUGGUGAAACGGAUCCAUUACAAAUUGCAAUGAGAGAAUUAAAAGAAAAGAAAAUUCCAAUAAUUAUUCGACGUUAUUUACCUGAUGGAAGUUAUGAAGAUUGGAGUAUUGAUGAACUUACUAUAACUGAUUAA